AUGGACUGGCUUCACGAGAACACCCCCGGCGCGUCUGCGCUUGCUGGUGCGGCUGCUGCGGUGGCUGGCGUGGCUUCGCUCGCCUGGCUGCUUACCCGCCGUCAGACGGCCCGCCCGCCUGCCCUCGACCCGAAGCAGGCGCGUCCCCUGACGGUGGUGGCCACCCGCAUGGUGACCCACAACGUGGUCGAGGUGGAGAUCGCCCUGCCAGAAGAAGAUGACGUGACGGGGCUGGCGCUGGGGCAGCACGUUGGCGUUGUGUACACCCCGCCGGACGCCACAGAGCCUGUCCGCAGGUCGUACACCCCCAUCUCGCCGCUCUCGGCCACCGGCUCGUUCACUCUCGCCGUCAAGGUCUACCCGGACGGCGUCGUCUCGUCUAUGCUCGCCAACCUCGACAUCGGCGACACUGUCCUCAUCCGUGGGCCUGUUGGCCGCUGGACGUACCCGACCAACGAGGUCCAGACCCUGGUCAUGAUUGCCGGUGGCUCCGGCAUCACCCCGAUGUUCCAGCUCCUCUCCGAGCUGCUCGACGCUCCGAGCCCGACCCGCCUGGUCCUUGUCUACGCCAACUCGACGCCAGAAGACGUCAUCCUCUACCAGCACAUUGUUGACCUUGCUCAGGCUUAUCCCGACAAGCUCGAAAUCUCUCUCUGGGUCUCGCGCACCAGUCCGGGUGCCACCUGGGCCCACAACAUCGGCCGCCUCAACGCUGCCCGCCUCGCCGCCGUACUCCCACCAGCGACAAGCCCGGGUGUCCUCAUCACGUACUCCGGGCCGCCGUCGUUUAACAAGAUGGUUGGCGACGCUGUCAAGGAGCUCGGCUUCAGACGGCCGCAUGUCCAUCGCUUCUGAGCGCAUGUAGGGACGGACGUCACGACGACGGCGCGCCCACCCGCCGCCGUGACGCAGACGUGGUGCGGUUGCGGUUGCGCCGCGCCGGCAUUGCUGUGCCGGCAUCGCCCGCUUUGCCCGCCCGUCGGAAUGGAAGGCGUGCCGGCUCGGCGGCCACCGCGUUGCGCACCGCCAGCG